AUUUAACUAUAAUGAUUUUUGAGUGCGGAAACAAAUACCUUACAAAUAUUCGAAGAAUAUAGAAAUAGAAAAAUAAUAUAUACCAAUAUAUAUAUAAUAAUAUACCAACUGAAUUUCGCGCCGCGUGCUUUAGAUGGCCAAGCGAAUUGAUGCACCGCAAGAGUGGGACCGCAAGCACGGUAAAGUGAGACGGGCUAGGUUUCUCACUCGCGUGGACACUCACACAUAGAACCCUCUGCUUUCGUUCUGUCUCUCUUGAUCUUCUCCCAUUCUCUGUCGGAAAGUUUGCGUGGAGCUGGAUGCGCAAUAAAAUGGUGGGAACAAGAGCACCGGCUUGCAGCUUGCAAUUAGAGAGGAAGAAAACGUGUAGACAGUACAGAGCAGUAGGCAGUGGUGGUAGGGUGGCGGGCAGGCACGUGUUUCCAACUGUCUUCAACCAUGUUUUCAGUUUCCAACAGCCUGCAUUCGAGGGGCGGCCCGCGCGUCGCACUCCCCCAGGAGUCGCCUGCAAGUGAAAUUGGAACAAUAGUGGGGAUAUAUUGUUCAUUCGGCGUGUGUUUGAUUUCAUGUUUUCUUUGUGAUUUUUCCAAAGUUAGUUUUUUCAAUUUUAUCUUGAACUAUGGAUUCAGAGAGUGCAAGUACGAGCACGAAUACUUGGAUGUCUGCUCCCGCCAAAAGAGUAUAUAAGAAAAGCGAGUUCAAGGAAGAGUGGCUUCAACAACCGGAAUUUACAUUGUGGCUUAAAAAAUGCGAGGACAUUCAUAAAGCUAAGUGUAAGUUUUGCCAAAAAGUUAUAACAGCGAAAAGAGGCAGCUUAAUAGACCACAAAAAAUCAAAAGGGCAUAUUCAAAACGAAGAAAGUAUAAGGGACAUGAUUAUAGAAGAAGCAGACUCUGAUGUGGAGACAGCAUGUAACAAUUAUGAAGAAAUGGCCAGAAGAGCUGAACUAAGAUUAUGUGUUGAUAUAAUCGAGCAUAAUCGAAGCUUCAAUUCCUUCAAUCAUUACGCAGAUCUGUUAAAAAAAUGUUUCCCAGAUUCACGGAUUGUAAAACAUGUUCGUCUAAGUAAAACGAAAAUAGAUGCUAUAAUAACUAAUGUGCUCAAUAAAAUGGUAGAGAAAAAGCACACUGAGGUUUUAUCGCGUAAAUUCUUUUCAAUUAUGGUUGACAAAAGUACAGAUCUUUCUAACGAUAAGAAUUUAUGUUUCUUAAUUCGUUAUUUUGACGAGGGAAUGAUCAAAACGUAUUUAUUAGAUUAUAUGAAAAUUUCUGAAAGUACAGCAGAGAAUUUAUUUAAAUGUUUAAUAUAUUCAUUGCAAAAGAACAAAUUGAAUAUUAAAAAUGUAGUAGGCGUGUGCGCCAACAAUGCGAACGGAAUGUUGGGGAAACAUAAUUCAUUCGCAUCUAAAAUCUUAGCAACGAACGAUGAAAUUGCUAUAAUUCCGUGCACAUGUCAUUGCAUUCAUUUAGUCGCGCAUAACGCAACUAAAUGCCUGCCAAAUGAAAGUAUUGAAAUUGUACAUAAGAUAUCUACCUAUUUUUCCAGAAGUUCGAAGAGGCAAGCUAUGCUGCAGGACAUGCAAAAAAUUUGUAAUAUUGUACAAAAAAGAAUAAUUCAGCCAACUCCGACUCGGUGGUUGGCACUGGCAAAUUCGGUUAAUAUCAUUUUAAAGCAAUGGUCAGGGUUAAUAGAUUUUUUUGCGGAGGCUAAGUUGUCGGAGAAUACACAAUUGGUUAGUUACAUCUUUAAUACAAUGAAUAACAAAUUCACAAAACCAUAUCUGCAAUUUUUAAAUUUCGUACUACCAAUCAUGAAUCAAUUCAAUGUUUUAUUUCAAAGCAACGAUGUGUUAAUACACAAAUUAUGGUCUGAGUCAACAAGACUUUUAAAAUAUUUAGCGGAUUUGUUUUUAACACAGAAAUCUAUAACAACGGUGCGGGAUUUAAAAACACUUGAUAUAAAAAAUAAUGAUAAUUUACUUCCUCUAGAAGAAAUACAUACCGAUCUUGAAAGUAAAGAAACGCUACAGGCAAUGAGGGAGACAAAUGAAGCAAGCGAGGAUGAAGUCAAACAAUUUUACAAAAAUCUACAAAAAUUUUAUCAAACCGCAUUCGAAGGUGUAAUUGCAAGAUUGCCCUUCGAUGAUAAAUUUGUAGAUGCUCUAGAAUUUCUAGACCCUAAAAUUACAUUACAUAUGAAUAUGCACAAAAGCCAAUUGAAGCAUAUUUUGCAUAAAUUUCCUUCAAAAUUUGAUAGCCAAAUUGUACAUACGGAAUGGCAUCAAAUUCCUUCAUAUUUUGAACCCCACGAGAAAAGUGAAAUAGUAAAAUUGAAAGUUUGCGACUUCUGGAAGAAGAUUAGCGAAAUUAAAAAUCCAAUAAACGAAUAUAGAUUCCCCAACAUUGCCAAACUCGCAGAAUUAUGUUUAACCAUACCCCACUCGAAUGCGGAAAUUGAGAGAUUUUUCUCCAUGAUAAACGACAUUAAAACUGAUAAGAGAAAUAGAUUACAAUGUCAAAGUAUGAAAUCGUUGACUAGAGUCAAAUUAGAUACGAGCGCUGAAGGAAAAACCUGCAUUUCCUGGAAAGCGCCCGAAGAGGCAUCGCAAUUAUUUCGUAGCCAAAUGUACGUAAGGGAAACAAUACCAGAACAUUUAGCUGGUAUUAUUUUAUCGGACGAGGACGCCGAGAUCGAGACGGAUUCAACAUACAACAGAUACAGAUAACGAUUAGGCCCGGCAUGUAUACAAAAUUAUACGAAUUUAUCGUACUUAAUUUAUUGGGAUAUUGAAAUUAAAUGUUUUUAAACAUUUUACGUUACUGAUGAGAUUCAUGCGACACUGGCGUAAUCCGAGGGGUUGAUUAAACGAGUAUACUCGUAGGGCAUAAUUUCUUAGGAGAUAGUCCUAAACAACAUCCGCCGGGGUAGCGUUUGUAACUGCUUUUUUUCCUCUCGGUAAAAAAAUAUAAUAUAUAUAUAAUUAUUUAUAUAU